AUGCCAUCUACAUCUGGCAGUAUAUCGAAACAGCCGAUAUGUCAACCUAAACGACUAGACCGUGCUGAAAAAGGGCAUAAUAGUUCCGAAAGCGAUGAAGAACAUGGGCAAGAAAAUGACGAAUCUGAAAAUUUUUCCGUUAAUAGUGAUGAUUUGCCACUAAUAAACAUAAAAAAAUCCUUACAACAUUCCAAAAAUGCUGAAAUAUUCAGCGAUGAGGGAGCAAGUAUUUCAGCUGAAGUAAAAGAAGGCAGUUGGAUAGUGGUCGAGUAUGAAGUAAAGAAAAGUACAAAGCACUUUAUCGGCCAAGUUAAGCAAGUUCUUGACUCGACACUACAUGUGGAAUUUUUAAAAAAAUCGGACAAGUCCAGUGGAAGGUUUAUUACUCCUCUUGUACAGGACACUGAUCAUAUAAGUGGAGAUAUGGUCGUGAAGAUCUUAACACCACCAAUAUUAACGGGAACAGGAAGAAGGAAAUUUUACAGCUUUAAUAUUGAUCUCAUGCCUUUUAAUUUUUAA